UUGUAGCGUUGAGCAGGUUACAGAGAAGCGCCAAAAGUCGUCCAAAUCCCGCGUGGUGUAAAGGAUAAUUUUUUUUUUCAUAUUGUUAGUCGCGUUCCGGAAUAGGGCAGGCGGAAGUGAUAGUUGGUUUCAUUGGCAGAAAGUGUAAUAAUUUAAUAAAGGAUUUAUUUUCGGUUUCUACCGAAACCGUUUUUGAUCGCAACAAAAUCCGUAAUUCGAACAAUAUCACGCAGAUUGUCAUAAAAAAAGCUUUUAUUCCGCGAGUAAUUGUAUUUUUUAAAUUUGAUAAAAAUGACAGAACAAGUGGAUUAGGCCUGAAGCGUGUGGUUGGUGAUAACAAAAAUCUGCGCCAAAUUGCCUACAUAGAGUUUUAUGGUGAAUUCCAGUGUCAAGAGGAAAAUGAAAAUGACUAGUGGCACGAUUCGCCACCGAGUACAGGUUGUUUUCGUAGUGGUCUUUGUGCUGUGUUUCUGUUUAGACUGUGUUAAAGGCGGUUGCCUCAGCUACGGUCACUCCUGCUGGGGUGGACACGGUAAACGGUCCGGUCCACCUGGGCGAACUAUCGUCGCUCGAACCAUCCCGGCACCGCCAAUAUCCACACCGGAUCUACUGUGGCCCAACAUCGAACAGAGAAAUCCGCCUGGGAGUAAAGGGUCCGCCUACGAGAUUCAAAGUGCCGCUUACUACCAACCGAUGAAUCGACUCUUUCGACUUCCGCCCGCAACUAUGAUGGAUCUACUCGAUUCCGAUGUGACAGGUUCAUCGUCAUCGGCUUCCGGCGAAAAUGAUGUGGAAUCGGAAAAAUCAAACGCUGACGACGCCGAAAGCGUUGUUGAAGUUGGAUCCCCGAAAAUCCCCGAUCUCAACGACAUCAGAGAGGAAAGUUUACGUAUGCGUCAGCAGCGCCGAAAAACGGCCGCUCUUCUGAAAACGGUUGCUGGACCCGAAUCGGGUGAUUCGGAUGAAGAAAGUUUUGGACGAUUGUUUAUGAACACCGGUGGUGGGCGUGAAAGCAAUAACAACAAUCUACUGAAGCUGCUAGGUUCCAAACCACAUCGGAAGUACGGUCGAAGUUCGUAAGCUGCGUGGAAUGCAAGUAACUGAUAAUACGUUUUUUUUCUUUUUCGUCGCUAUCCGGGGUGACGGUCGUUUCCGCGAGGCGAAAAGUUUAUAAUCGUUAUUACUACCGUAGAAUUAGUGAUACUAUAUUGAUGACACGUGCAGAUGCGAGUGCUGCCCACCGUUAGGCUGGAAGCUGGGCAGGACUCGCGUGCACUCGGGACAUUUCUCCUAACUAUGAUGCAUAUGUCACACAUUGGGGGCUGAUUAAUAUCUAUACAUUCUAGAAAACGUGCAUGAGUGGCUAUUAUGUAAAAUAUAGCACGAUUAUUACUAAUCGAGCAAAAUAUUAGAAUCUUGCAGUUUGGCGAAAGAUUGCAAAUACUGUACAUAAACAGUUUAGAUGCUAGGAA